AUGGUGAACGUCCCCAAAACCCACAGGACUUACUGCAAGAAGUGUGGGAAGCACCAGCCCAGCAAAGUAACCCAGUACAAGAAGGGCAAGGACUCUUUGUAUGCUCAGGGAAAUGGGCGAUAUGAUCGUAAGCAGAGUAGCUAUGGUGGCCAAACAAAGCCCAUCUUCCGCAAAAAGGCAAAGACCACAAAGAAGAUAAUGCUGAGACUUGAAUGUGUGGAGCCCAAUUGCAGGUCAAAGAGGAUGCUGGCCAUUAAGAGGUGCAAGCACUUUGAGUUGGGAGGAGACAAGAAGAGAAAGGGCCAGAUUAUCCAGUUCUUGGCUGCUGUGGAACCCAUUGUUGCUUGGUGUAUGAAACUUUAUAAAAGUCUUGUUGGAUCAAAAAAUGUUCCUAAGACAUUAACCCUUUAA